AAUCCACUCUUGAGUGAGAAAUGUCCGGCGGCGCGGCGGUUACGGCGAUGGAGACGGAGGAGAGGAAUCAGAAAUCCGGUAAGAGUAAUUCGAAGGACAUUGAUGCAACAGAGAUGAAGUUCAAGAUUCUGGCGGCGUUGCGAUCCCGCGUAACCUACCUCAGAGACAAAGCAGACUGCUUCAUGAUCGUGAGUGUGCGGAGGAUGUUAGAGGAAGAUAUGGGAUUGGAGAAAUUUGCUUUGGAUGUGUAUAAGAGCUUUGUUAAAGAGAAAUUGGUUCAGUGUUUAGAAGAAGCUGGUGGUAAUAAUGAUGAAAAUUCUCAAGAAACUGAGAGGGAAGACGUUGUGAUUCCUAUCAAAGAAGUAGCAGAACUAUCUGAAACGCAUGGGGCAAAGAACGAUGUAAGGGACGAUACUGUUGAAGAGAACGCAUCCAAAAAGGUAGCCAAAGAUAUCAAGGACAAGGGAAAUAAAGAAGCCUUGCAGAGUGAUAUAAGGAGAGCCCUCCGGGAAAGAACUUCGUAUAUUAAGGCUAAUUCAGAGACAAUUACAAUUGCUUCACUUCGUCGACUUUUAGAGGAAGAUCUUAAAUUAGAGAAGGAGUCUCUUGAUCCGUUCAAGAAGUUCAUUAACAAAGAAUUAGAUGAAGUACUACAAAUUCCUGCUGCUCCGAAACGUUCGACUGAGUCUAUUGGGAAAAAUCUAAAGAAAAAGGUCAAGAGCACACCGGCUAAGAAGGUAAGCAGUGAAGAAAAUGCUGAUUCAGAUGCGGAGGGGGAUGUGGACAACGAGGGAGUAGCUGUAAAGAAGACAAUGGCCCGAAAAGGAAAAUUAUCAAAACCAGAGAUGAUGGGAAAACGGAAAAGUGAGAAUGGCAAACAUGUAUCUGGGAGAAAGAAAGCAAAACAUGCAGGAACAGAUUCGGAGAAUGACAGUGAUGCAGGAGAUAGUGAAAAAUCUUUGAAGCAGACAAAGGAGACUGCAACUGAUGUGUAUGGAAAGCGUGUUGAGCAUCUCAAAUCAGUCAUCAAAUCUUGUGGGAUGAGUGUUCCUCCUAACAUUUACAAGAAAGCCAAACAGGCUCCUGAAGAGAAACGUGAGGCUACGUUAAUAGAAGAACUUGAGCAGAUACUUGCCAAAGAAGGGCUGUCUUCAGAUCCUUCAGCGAUAGAGAUCAAAGAAGUAAAAAAGAGGAAGGGUAUAUCAAAAGAGCUUGAGGGUAUUGAUACAAGCAACAUUGUAUGGAACUCAAGGAGAAAAUCUUCCACAAGUUAUGCGCCUCCUCCAAAACCGAAGAUAACAACAGAAAGCGAGAGCGAGAGUGAUGAACCGGAAGAGUCUGAGAAUGAAAAGGAUGCCGAAGAUGAAGAGGAAGGUAAUGAAAAAGCUGAGAAAGGAAGCCGAAGCAAAGAAGAAGAAUCAAACAGCGAGGAUGAUGGUGGAGAAGGAAGCGACUAAUUUAACGAUCAUCUCUGACUCAGUGUGGAAUCUUUCAUCCACUGUAGCUUGGGUGUGUUUGUAUCUGCUAGUGACAUUUUGUUCCUUUAACCAUUAGUAUGACUGUGAAAUGGUGGAGAAGAAAGCGAAUGAUUUAAC